AUGGACCAGACACCAGUUCCUGACGACCAGCUCUCCACAAUCCCACAGCAGACCGGGACACACCACCUGGCGGAGGUUAAAUCAAAUGACUUUGCCGGUGUACCCUCCACCACACCGGCCUCGGAGGAUAGCACGGACAACAACUCGGACGACAGCUCUUCGUGGACGUCGGACGGUGAUGACCAGUCGGAUUACAGCGCGUCUGAGUUGUCUGAACAGUCGGAGGAAAGCACGUCUGACACCGAUGAACAGUCGGAGGAAAGCCCGUCUGAGGACCGCAGCAGUUCCGCUGAGGAGGGAACAGAUCAGGACGCCCGACAAGCGCUUCAGAGUCGCGUUGCCAUGGAUUCCACAGAGCCUGGAUCACCUCCACCGCCACGACCACUUCAGCCACAGGUGCUGGUCUGUGAAGACACACCAGAGGCAUGCAGGACUUUACAGGAGAUCAACAACAGCAGCGGGUCGGACGAAGCUGCCCAAACAUCUGUAAGCACCAAUGCACAGCAUAACUUUGCAUUUCCCUUCUGCCCUGCAAGACUAGCUGACACACUCAUCACAUCAGAGGACAGGCCAUUCUUACCACCUGUAGUCAUUCAGCGUAUUAUUGAAGAGACGCUGAGCGCCGUUGCCACAAUGCCGUUCUCCAAAGGUAAUGUGGUCUUCAGGGGCAGUCUCGGCACCAAGCUCUGCGUCGAUUCCCAGACCUUCCUCUGCGAGUGUCACCCUGAAGUAUAA